UAAUAUAAGCUAUGUUAGCGGGUAAACUUUAAGAAACAUCUCUUGUCUCAAUCUAUCUUACCUGUAUAUUGGACACACCAGUUGGGGACGAAGCAGAAGAUUAGAGCUGUGUCUUUAGUUGCAGAUAGGAACACCAAAGAGAUUAACAAGCCUCUCCAUAAAAACCCUACUGGCAAUUGGCAAACAAUGCCAGUGAUGGAAUCCAUACAAAAGACCAAGAACUUGUCCCACAAGUCAGUUGACAACCUUAAAUCUUUCGUCUCUGUAGGAUACCAAAAGCUAUGCAAACCAACCCUCCCAGACCCCUUCCCUUGCAGUGGUUGUAGCAGGAAGAAAGACCAGAAAGAUCGAUCCUUGGCGGAGGCGGACUUUAGCUACAACUGGGAAGUUGGUCUCGAGAAAUCAAAGAUGACGAACAACGAUGCGAUCGUUGCUACGUCGAUGGCAGAAGAAAUGAGGGACGAAGAGGAAUGUGGUGGGAGCUUAAUGAACUUUUCAGAUAUGAGUCCGCAGAAGAAGGUAAAGGAAACUGGAGGGAAAGAGGAAAAAAAGAAAGUGGGAAGCUCAAAGCUGAGUAAAGGGGAGGAAGGGUACUACUACAAGAGAAAUGGAGAUGGGAGUUAUGCAUUGGCUCAAAAGAUGAAAGAACUGGAGAUGAUGGAUGUUGGUGAUAUGGAACAUGUAUUGGAUGUGGAAGAAGCACUUCAUUAUUAUUCUCGGCUUAAAAGUCCGGUCUACCUUUCGAUCGUCGACAGGUUCUUCAUGGAUAUGUACUCUGAAUUCUAUCUUCCACAGGCCUCUGCCAGCAUCAACAGGUCGAAGCGAAGAUCCGGUUCGAUUCGGUUGUAGAUCCAUGUCUCCGCAUCAACCUGUUUUCUUAUCUAAAUACCUUUUCUUCUCUCUGUUGUGUGUGUGGUCGCAUGUCUGAAUUCCUCUGUUUUUAAUUGCUAUAAUUUGCUUGAGCAUCCAUUGUUAUCAGUAAAACAUAGAAGUUUCAUAUCAAGAUUAAAGAAAUGUAUAUUUGCAUGUAUUUUCGUACAAUAUUAUCAAAUAUUUCUUUGAAUAAA